GUUCUCUCUCUCUCUCUCUUCUCCCAAACUCUUAUCUCUCUCUCUCAAAUCUCUUCAGUCUCUCACUGUUCCUGAGUUGAACUCUUGUGUUUAAUUCCUUACCUCCCUUACCCUCCUAGAAAGUUUCAUCUGAAAGAAAGCCUCUGAUUCAUGUGGAAGUUUCUCAUUUAAAUUCCCCAAUCCACUGUUUCUAGGGUUAAUGAACUGAACUAUCCCAAUCUCGCGUACAGAAAAUGACGAGCCACGGCGUCGAGAGGAUUCAUAGGGUACAGCCGGAGAGAGAUUUGGUCGCGAAUUGGGAAGUCGAUUUGUCGGAGAAGCUAGAGGAGUACCUCCUCAAAAUCUGCUCCGGCGAACUCACCGGAAACGAAGAAGAAGACUCGCCUGUCAAUUUCGCCGAAGCUGCUUUGCUGCUUCAGGGUUCGGUCCAGGUUUACAGCAAGAAAGUGGAGUACUUGUACAACUUGGUCUUACGUACUUUGGAGUUUCUAUCCAACCAAAGAGAGCAAGAAGAGUCCAAAGGUACAUCAAACGAGGCUGAGGAGAGCUCCUCUCGUCUGGUUGAUGAAGAAGAAAAUGACCUCUUCUGGAAUGUGGAUGACAUCCCAGUGUUAGUUGAUGCAAAGAAUAGCUUGGACAACUCGGGUGGCGCAGAUUCAUGUCCGAGUCAGUUUGUCAAGCCUCCAGCAAAUCUAGUUGUUCUUGAAGGUGACUGUUUGGAUACUAGUGGUGACGGAGGAGAAUUGGAAUCCUAUCUGUUAGCAACUACACAUCUCUACCGAGACUUUAUUCUAUUAGACCCUUGUGAUGCUGUAGCGGUGAAUGAAUUUUUAGGUGGUAGCAAUGCCAGUAGUAAAGGAAAGACAAGUUCUCGCAGAGGCAGCUCAGGUCGUAGAAGUUUUCACUCACCAGUAGGACGUUCUGGAGGAGGUAGUGGCCGUAGAUCAUCUUUGGGAACGAAUCAGGGCACCAAGGUUCAAGAUGCUCAGAACUGUGACCAAGGGUCUUCCCCUCCUCCUCCUCCUGUUUUUGGAGAUGAUGAUCAUGGUUUUGACAUGGAUAAUGAUGACCAUGGAGGAGGAGCCAUGGAUUUGUGUGAUACAGAUGCUGAUGAUGAUGAAGAUGAUCCAUGGAAGCCGUUGAAUCCCUACGAACCAGGGAAGUUGAAAGUGAAGCCUUUCAAAAAAGUGAAAAAUUUGAGAAAGUUUGGAGGGAGCCUUACCAAAGACCAUAUCACUUCCAUGUAUCCUCUUGCCAGACCCAACGGUCCCAUCAGUACAGAGCUCACCGGAGUUUGGGAGAAGCGCCGCAGAGAACCACAAGACAUUCCCUGUUACGAGAAGCUUCGAGCAUUGCUUGUUAACGGAGGAAACCUACCUACUACUGAUGCUAACGGCAAUGACAAGGACGGCGUUAAAGAUAACAACCAUGAUGGCGGCAGCGACUCCCAUGAUUUUGGUGAUGAUCAUGAGCCUGCGUUCAUGGAUGAAGAUGGUCCCGUUAUGAAUGAUGAUGGUGGUUUCACAAACUACGAUGGAUUUGGAAACGAAGAGGACUCACAUUGUCAAGAAAGCUUGGAAGAUCUUUGCCGCUCUCACCUGGAUGCUCUUCUUGCAAACAUAGCUAAAAAUGAGAAGCAAACGGAUCUGGCUGCUAGGGUUUCAUCGUGGAAACAGAAAAUCGAGCAAAACCUAGAAGAGCAAGAGCUACACCCUCCUUUUGACAUUCGAGAAUACGGUGAAAGGAUUCUCAAUAAGCUAACUGUUGAAGAGAGUGGACACGUGGAGGCCUUUACCGAUCUCAUGAAAGAUCAAGAAAAGCACGAUGUAGCUCGAGCUUUCUCUGCACUUCUCCAGUUAGUGAACAAUGGAGAGGUUGAUCUCGAGAAACCUGGCAAUUCGGUAGGCGAGCCAGUUUGCUACACAGCGGCUAAUCCUUUCAGCGUACGGUUGCUUAACGAUGGUAACAGAGAGACUGAGAAAAGAGGAAUGGAUUUACCUAGGAAACGAGCUAAGUCUCCAGUAGCCAAAGGGAAAACUCACGAGUCACCACCACCGAAGAAGGCAAACACAACAACGUCGUCUUCUGUCUCUAGCCAGAGGAGGAAAGUUUCGCUGAAGAUCAACAGCGUGGGGGCAAGAUGCAAACCUAACGGCAAGAAGAGAGGAAAAGGUCGAUCUGAUGAGGUGGCAGUAGUAGGCGAGGGAAGUGAAGUUUCUUCAGUUAAAAGCUCUGUGGGAAGCUGAGGAAGGCUAGUGAUAUUGUGUGUGAACAGAUUAGAAAUGUAGAAUGUAGUUUAGGUGUGUGGGUAUUUCUAUCAGACAGUUAGGAAACUCUUGUAAGUGUCUGUUAUGUAAUUUAUGAUGAAGGCCUUGUCUGAAGUAGUAGUAUUAGUGUAUGUUGUAAUAACUAUGAAAAUUCCACUUUUGAGGAUCUUUUAACGCAUUGCUUUUGGAUACA